AUGAUGGAUAAAACCCCCUGCACCCGCCUACGAAAAUACGCCCGAAGAGUCAAAGACAAGCUCAGCCUCCACGGCAUCAGCGAGCACAGCAUGAACUACUACGAACCAUUCAACUACGCCUCCGUCCCACUCCGCACCCCCUCAACUCAAAUCCGGCUCCUCGAGCUCUUUCCACCAUUCAAAUACUCCGACCCCUCCGCUGCCAGCUCUUCACCGUGA